AUGGCAGUCGCAUCCCCCAUCCUUCCACCGCUCCCUGCUCAUCUCAUCGCACCUUCUAUACCUAACGACUACCUUCGCCCAUUCUCGUUCCCUCUUCCGAAGCAUAAGUUUGUAGGAGUGCUCGCCUGCCAGCGAGACCCACUCCUCAAAGAACUGGAUACAAAAGUCACACGAUGUGAGAAACGAUCUGCACCUGCACCAGCUACGGGCAAGGGAAGCGGCAAAGGCCAGAAGGGGAAGAAAGACGAACCAGUCGUAGAGCUCUGGGAAGUCGAACUAGAGGAUACCGUGCUCUUCCCCGAAGGCGGCGGACAGCCCUCAGAUACAGGGACGAUCGUCGACCUCACCAGCGGCACCUCUGUCAAAGUAGAAAAGAUACUCCGACACGGGCUAACAGCAGUGCACUACUGCCUCUCCCCGCUCCCUGUCGGCACCAGCGUGCGCAUACAUGUUGACUGGGACCGCAGGUGGGACCACAUGACUCAGCAUACAGGCCAACACGUCCUUUCCGGGCUAUUUGACACCCUCUCCCUACCCACGCUCAGCUGGUCUCUCACCCCAUCCCCCCAAGCGUGCUAUAUCGAGCUCCCGCGCACGCCAACAGCGACCGAGCUCGCCCACGUACAAGAGUCCGCCAACCAGCUCAUACGCGCCAACACACGCGUACACGUCUCCCUCUCCCUCUCCGACAGUGCCUCGCGACCCAAGAGCAUGCCGGAAGACUACGUCGGCGGGGUAGUACGCGAGGUAGACAUCGUAGGUGUCGACCGAGGGCCGUGCUGUGGCACCCACCUCCCUUCGCUCGCUCCGCUGCAGAUGGUGUACGUCUUCCCCUGGACUACGAGUGUGAGGGGUACGAGCGCGAGAGUGUACUUCGCCGUUGGCCCGAGGGUGCUGGCUGCUCUCGCCCCCGCGGCGGAGGGGCUUAGGCAGGUAGGGCUGGAAUUGGGCUGCGCGCAGACGGAGGCAGUAGACAAGGUUCGGGAAGUCAUUGGGCAAGGGAAGGACGCGCGAAAGCGGGAGCAGCGGGCGAGAGAGGAACUGGCGGGGUACGUCACCCGUGAGGUGCUUGAUGCGGCUGAGACGGUAGAUGGGGUGCUCGUGGGCACUCUUUUCCGCCAAGAAGAGGACAGUCCCGCAUCCCUCGAGUUCCUCAGUAACGUCUCCUACCGCAUUAAAGACUUGCUCGAAGCGCGCGGUACUACUUCCUACCUGUUCGCUUUGGCCUCCAGUGGUCCGGGAGGCAGCCCACUGGUGAUAUUCGGCAUGCCGGAAACGGGGGUGGUCAGAGCGGGGGAACUGGUGCGCGAGAAGCUGGGAGGGGUGAAAGGCGGAGGGAGGGGCAGGUGGCAGGGGAAGAAGGCGGAGGGCAAGUGGACGGAGGAGGAGGAGAAGGUGGUGGGGGAGAUCGUUAGGCAGGCUGCGGGCUUAUAG